UGUUGUUGUUGUUGAGGAGCUUUGUUUACUAGGCCGACGUUUCUGAGGGGAAAAAACCCUUAUUUUAAGUUCCGUUUAUGUCGUUUUGGGGGAGAAUCUGCGGAGUUUGUGCCUUUCCUUUUUGCUGUUCUUUUUUUAUUGGUCUUCCCCUUAUGCCAUCUCUACGUUGAAAGAGGAGAGGGAGAGAACGAGGAAUAAGGCAAGAUGGAUGCUAGUAAGACCUUAGGAAUGACGUCGGCGAUCAGCCUGGCAAAGCCCAAGGCGUCUGACCUAGAGCAUACGAGGGAACUUGAGGAGUAUUUAAGAGAUGCGGGCAUGUUCGAGACUGAUGCAGAACUAAAUCACAGAUUUGAAGUCCUUGGAAAGCUGAACAAUCUUGUAAAAGCUUGGAUUCGUGAUGUAAGCAUAAAUGUCAAGAACAUGCCCCCACAAAUUGCAGACACAGUUGGUGGUAAGAUUUGCACUUUUGGUUCCUACCGAUUAGGUGUUGCAGGGAAAGGUGCUGAUAUUGACGCCCUUUGCGUUGCCCCAAGACACAUUGAACGACAAGAUUACUUUACUAGUUUUUAUGAACUGCUUAAGGAACAGAGUGAAGUGACAGAGAUGAGAGCAGUUGAAGAGGCCUUCGUCCCUGUUAUCAAAAUGAAAUAUGAGAACAUCGAGAUUGAUUUGCUCUUUGCACGGUUAGCAUUGAAGGAGGUGCAUGACUCAGUCGACCUCAAUGAUGACAGCAUUCUCAAGAACCUGGACGAGAAAUGUGUUAGGAGUCUCAAUGGUUGCAGAGUCACAGAUGAGAUUCUGCGCCAAGUCCCAAAUAGAGAGAGUUUCAGAUUGGCGUUACGAGCGAUAAAAUUGUGGGCGAAACGUCAUGGUGUAUACAGCAACGUUCUUGGGUAUCUCGGUGGUGUGUCAUGGGCUAUGCUUGUAGCAAGAACAUGUCAGCUGUAUCCCAAUGCUACAGCUUCCACCCUAGUUGAAAAAUUCUUCCUAGUGUUCUCAAAAUGGACAUGGCCUGCUCCUGUAUACCUCAAACAGCCCUAUGAUGCAAAACAUGGGUUUAAGGUCUGGGAUCCUCGUGUGAAUGUACAAGACAGAUUCCACUUGAUGCCAAUCAUCACACCAGCAUACCCACAACAGAAUUCCACUUUCAACACGUCCCAGUCCACAAGAGCUGUCAUGGUGGAGGAAUUCAAGAUGGGUCUUCAGAUCACAGAGGACAUCAUGUUGGGAAAAGCUACAUGGGACAAACUCUUCCAGCCGCCAAACUUUUUCAUGAAAUAUAAACACUACCUUGUUGUGAUUGCUGUGGCUCGGACCCCAGAAGACCAUUUAGAGUGGUAUGGACUUGUUGAGUCAAAAAUCCGACACUUAAUUUCCAGUCUAGAACAUAACCCAGCAAUAAAGACUGUACACAUAAACCCUGUGACUUUUAACUGUCAGGACCCAGAAUAUAAGGAUAAACCACAUUCAUCAUGGUUCCUUGGGGUGGACUUCAAUAAAAGUGAAAAUGUAAAUAUAGAUCUCACCAACGACAUCAAUAAAUUUGUAGAAGUUGGUAAGUAGACUUUUUCAUAAUGUACCUGUCGUAGCAUUGAGAAUGAAGGUGCAGGGGUACAAACCUGUUUCCUCACAACUGAGUAGAUGCUUGCCAGAGAGAGCCACAUAUAUUCAAUA